AUAAAAUGGUUGGCCAAAACGAAUGUUUUUAACGAAGUAUAACAAAACCAGAUUUUAUCGCUUUGAAAUUGAAGUCAGGUACUACAUGUAUGACAUUUAAACAAACAUGGAUAUCUGCCCAGAAUUAGAAAUUCUUAUUAUCUGUCGCACAUAAGUACACUCAUGAUUAAAUAAGAAAACAUCCUUCUCCAUCCAUCAUGUGAAAAACUCACUUUCCCUAGACAGGGACAACAGGCCAACAUGCAGUUAUCUGUGAAAAUGUAUCUUAUCAUUUUCAAAAAAGGCACUCGCGCUUUAUUUAUUAUGAUGAUUUUGUUGUUUGAUUCCUUGUCACAUCUGUGUCAGUCAGUUGUUCACUUGUCAGUGAGGAGGCGGACCGUCAGACUCUCAGCACCUCAAUAUUGUAACACUGUUCGGUUGUUUAUUUUGAUGUGUUCUAUGAGCGCUUGAAGAAAAUGUCAACAUGUGUGAUUUUGUUCUGUUUGUGGAGUCUGUCUGGUGUGUUUAGUGAGUCGGUGACUGAAGGAGAUUCUGUGACUCUAUCUGUGAAUCUCUCUGAGCAGCAGAUGAAGGGAGAAAUCUACUGGAUGUUUGGAGAAAUUCUAAUAGCUGAAACACAAAACGAGGGAAAGUUCGCCCGUUACCGUGAAGAGAGAGCUGAUGGAAGAUUCACAGACAGACUGAAGAUAAACUUACAAACCGGAUCUCUCACCAUCAACAACAUCAGAAUCACAGACUCUGGAUCUUAUCAAGUCAUCAACAAAGACUCAAAGACCAAACUCAAGAUAUUCAACAUCACUGUCUAUGCUCGUCUGCCUGUUCCUGUUAUCUCCAGAGACUCUUCAUCGUCCGGCUCAAAUUGUGUUGUGUCGUGUUCAGUGAUGAAUGUGUCACAUGUGAGUCUCUCCUGGUACAAAGGAAAGAGUUUAUUGUCCAGCAUCAGUGUGUCUGAUCUCAACAUCAGACUCUCUCUACCUCUGGAGUGUCUGGAUGAUUCUUACAGUUGUGUGGUGAACAAUUCCAUCACAAACCAGACUCAACAUCUCAACACUGAUGUCUGUCACAUGUGUUCAGACUGCAAGUGUACUUUUACUGAAGCUGUGAUCCGAUUGGUCCUCUCUGCUCUGGUGGGCGUGACUGUUGUUGCUGUUCUGGUUUAUGACAUCAGAUCCAGAAGAGAUGAACAGAAGAUAAGAUCAGACAUCGAGUUAAACACACUUGAUUCAGCUGGGUGUUAGGGUUGGGUUUGAAUAUUAUCAAUUUUGAUUCGCAGUUUAAAUUUCAAUGUGUUAAAAUAUGAAAUCAAACAUUGGAUGUCAAAAUGUAUGGUGAUGUAGCCUCUUCAUUCACUGCUUUGCAAACUAAAAGCCUGUUUAUGAGUUACCACAAACAACAUGGUUAUUGUUGUAAAACUACACUGUAAUCCCCCCCAAAAAAACGGAAAUUUUCUGUAAGCUGGAAAAACAGAAAUAUACCGUAAAAAAUUCUGUAAAAUUAUAGGAUAUAAGGAUAUAUAUUAAAUUGUUUUCCCCAUUUUUCUUGCAAAUGUGUUGUCUUGUUCUGUAAU